UUCUGCACAUUGUCAGCAGCGGCGAUCCUCCACCAUUUCGCUGCGUAAAGUCUCCUCCCCGCGACCGCUACAUUCUGCGCCGAAACCCAGGCUCUCCCGGUCCGUAUUUUAACUUCUUCCCACCGACCUAGUGGUACCUCGUUGGGUACCGGGAGAUAGUUUGGAUUACUGGCAUCACGGAUUGAGUACGAUUUUACGCGGAUGACGUCUUCUUUAGCAAGAAUUUAGUAAAAGAAAAUUGGUCGGAAAUUUCAGAAUAUGUGGAAGGGAUCCUAAUUUCAUCAUCCUGGAAGUAGAAAGCACUGAAGAUCUGUGUCUCACACCACAGACAGGUGCUGUGUGUAGCAAGAGCAGCACAGAGGAAGGAAGCUCUGCGGAGAAGGCGGUGUGGCAGCAGGCCUCUCCGGCUGUGGAUGUGCUGGGUGGUAACCCCCAGGCUGCGCAGAAUGUGGCUGGGGAGUCACCUCGGCAUGCCCCGCAGCCGGUCGCAGCUGCCCCCUGCCCGAUCCCUCCAUCUGCAAAUCCAUCCAGCGUGUCGCUGUCGGACAGCAACAGCUCGGUAUUCCCUGGCAUGGACCCUUCAGCAGCCUUUUCUGAGACUCUCCCAAGCAGGAAUUCUAAGGACGUCACCUCAGAAGAAGUCUGCACUGAGGAGAGCAUUGUUGGAAUUGCUAAGUCAUUGCCAGUGUCCUUCAGUCAGGACAGUAGUUCCUUUGCUAAGAUGCAAAGGCUCUCAAAUCUUUCUUGUCCCCCACUUGCAGCACGGAUUGACGGCUCAGUGCAAGAGUUUCAGGACGGGCUACAAAGUGGUAAAGAGGAAAGCCUCUCUGAUAGUCAAACAGACCAGAUUCAGCCUCAUCAAGAAAAUACGGGGCUUGUGGUUACUUUGGGGACCCAGAAAGAACAAUCUAUCGCUUUGGACUAUAAUCCCGACUCUGAAACAAAAGGGGAUGUUGGUAGACAAGAGCUCACAGAUAGAAGUGUCCCCUUACAACCCCAAAUUCAUUGCACAGUUUCAUCUUCCCCCGCCCCUCCGUCAAGUGUUGGUUUCACAGUUCAAGACCCCACAAACUAUGGGGUUGUGGUGCAGUCAGACAGGGAAACAAUCGUCCUUCAGGGCAUCCACAAAACUCCAUCAGAUACUGCAGAACCAAGAGGUAGUUUCAAGGACUCGAAUGCAUCAGCCUCUUUGCUCUCAGCAGAAAAUGCAGAGGACAAACAAACAAACCUUUCAAAAACACAACCUAAAACCGUCAGGGAGAUCCCAAACGACGACAGCAAUGCGCAAGCGGAAAAUUCUUCUGAAUCAAUCGAGGCCUUCAAACACACAAAAGCGGUUGCUGUCACCUCUGUCAAAGAAACACAACCUCAUCCACCUGAAAUACUUGAGACCCCAAAGGCUAAAGAAUCACAGCACGGAUUAUAUUCCUCCCUCGGAGACCAGAGUUCCGUGCCCACCAGUAAUCCCCCUGUAACAGAGCAGGGUGAUGGGAGGGUGAGGGAAGCCCAAACUGAUGCUGCUGCCCCUUCAGUGCUGCCAGAGUUUUCCUCCAAACCUCCUGCAGGGGCUCCUCUGUUCGACACCAACUUGGUUGUCUCACUACAUACAGGGGAGGUCAUCAAGACAGACAUUUCCCAUACCUCUGAUCCAGUCCCUGCCCACGAAACCUCACUGAUCGCUGAGAUUGUUCACUCUACCAACGCCCAGGAAAUCGUGGUCGUCCGAGAGGGAGCUCAUAUCAGUGGCGACUGGUCAAACAUGCACCUAAAUCAGAGUUACCUGGUGCAACGAGAAGAUGGCACUGUGUGCGAAGCUGCCAUUGUUAACGAACUCUCUCCCGGAGGAGCGAAACUGUAUGAAGACAGUGUUCACGCGGGCAUGGAACUGGACUCUCAGCCCGUGGAAGUGUAUGAGUUCUGCGGUCUGGUGGAGGAGGUUGCCGAGGAGACGAUAUGUGGCAGCAGUGGCACACAGAUACCUCACUCACCAGGAUAUGAAGUAAACUUAUUCAAUGCAUUACUGGAAAAUACUGACGAGUACACCAUCAAAGAGGACAUUGAACCUUCUAUUCACUCGGCUAAUGAAAGUGAAACCAUCAUCAUUUCCCAGCAGCCUUUGCCUUCGUCAAGUGAGCACGAUUCCCAUAGUCUGUCCAUACAAAAAGCAAGGGUAGCUGCAGUUGGGCCACAUUUGAUAUUAGAUAAUCAAACAGUCGAAGUGUCUCACUCAGGUGAGGUUUGUUUACUUCAAGUAGCUGCAGUUGCUUCAGAGUCUUUCACUGUUCAGCAGGCAGACACAAGUACACAAUUUGGCACGCACUGCAUACAAGCCAAUGCUACAGAGUCAGACGUAAAAGAAGCACAUGGAUUAGAUUCUCCUAAACCAAAAGCAGAGACAGCAACAUGCUCUUUAGGACCCUCCUCCCCGGUGGUUGAAAUUAGUGGGGAAAACACAGUUUCAGUACAUAUUUCUUGUUUAGAAAACCAGCCUUCUCUUUCUGCUCAUGAAGGGACCAAAGAAACUCCUGCUUUGACUCCAUCACAGAGUAUUCACGCUGUGCUUGUGCCCUCUGAAACUAAACCUGACGGACUCUCCGCAACACAUUACUCUAGCGUCAAUCCAAAGCUGUUCCUUCAGGAGUCAGAAGAAACUCCCCUCCUGAAACAACCGAAGGCGGACGCCACAUUGACAAACUCCCACGGUUCUUGGUCUGGCGCUGAAGGGUGCCUUUCUGCAGAUGUCACAAAAGACUCCUUAUCUCCAUCUGUGGUUCCAAGCAGCCGGGAAGAUCAAACCCAGGGCUCUGAAGAGGAAAAAUCAGCAGCUCCUGUUGAAGCUCAGCAAUCUAGUGUGAGUGCUAGCACACCUCUUCAGACUAAAUCUGACUCUGCAACAGCUUCAACAAACAAACCUGAGGCCUUAACUUCUACCAAAACAUCAACAGACGAAGCAGAUGCCGCUUCUGAAAAUGUUGAAACCCCCACGGACACCACUACACUUGUUUUACCCGACUCCAUCCACAUGCUCAGAGCACCAGAGGAAAGUGAAUGUGAGGUUGCGAUGGCUGCCAGUCCCAGCAACCCCCUGACAGGCGUCCCGGACUUCGAGGAUGACGACAGCGAGGACAUGGAGCAGGACAAACCAGCGGGAGAAACGGAAGUCCAAGAGAGCUUGUCAGGUCAGGUUAGCAGUCAAGAAGAAGACAGUGAUGAGGAAGCAGACGAAAGUGAAAUGACGUCUUCCAGCUCAUCACACAAGCAGGGACAGAGCAGGACAGCCAGUCAGGUGAUGUUCCAGAAGGUGCGUCAGUGGAUCUCAGAAAGAGUCUCUGCCAACUCGUCUCCCGUCUCCUCCUCAACCUCCUCUUCCUUCCUCGGUCCUUCAUCCAGCACAGACUGGACAACCCCACGACGAGAUAAGUCCUCGCCUCUCAGAGGUCCCCACGGCAAGUUCGUCUCCCCUUCCUCGGCUGGGUGCACCUCCUCCCCCCCCCCAACAGACCAACCCUCCUCACAGAGGUCGCGUGGAGAAAGACACACUGACAUGGCAGAACUUGCUAAACAUGAAGCGGACAUCGAGCAUCGAACACAGGCCUUGAAGCGUGAGGGCUUCUGGUCAACGAAGCGCCUCAGCCGCUUGACGGAGCCUCAGCGACCCAAGGUUCAUUGGGAUUACUUGUGCGAGGAGAUGCAGUGGCUUUCUGCUGACUUUGCUCAAGAGAGACGCUGGAAGAGAGGCGUGGCCAGAAAGGUGGUCCGAAUGGUGGUGCGACAUCACGAAGAGCUUCGGCAAAAAGAGGAAAAAGCAAAAAGAGACGAACAUGCCAAAAUCAGAAAAAUUGCCUCCAAUAUCGCAAAGGAAAUCCGAUCAUUUUGGAGUAAUGUUGAGAAGGUGGUUCAGUUCAAGCAGCAGUCCAGGCUGGAGGAGAAGCGGAAGAAGGCUUUAGACCUGCAGCUGGACUUCAUCGUAGGCCAGACGGAGAAAUACUCCGACCUUCUCAGCAAGUCACUGGCUCCCAGCAGGCCUCCUGAGAUUGUUGUCUCUCCUCAAAAAACACAUCCACCCGCCAUUGAUGAGGACGACAGAGACUUUGAGCCUCCGUGUGAGGAGGAAGAUGACGAGGAAACCAUAGAGGUGGAGGAGCAGCAGGAGGGCAAUGAUGCUGAGAGCCAUCAGAGGGAAAUUGAACUACUGAAAGAAGAGGGCAUGUUGCCCCUUGAUCAACUUCUCAGCACCCUCAAAUUACCACCACCACAGGCGUCUGAGGAAGAGUGCUCAAAUGCAUCGUCUUCAUCAGAAGAGGAAGAGGAGCAGGAGCGGGAAGAAGAGGAAGAUGGGGAAUUUACUGCUAAUGAUGAGGACGCCGAGGAUGAAGAGGACACCAUAGCAGCACAGGAGAAGAUAGAAGGAAACGUUGAUCAUGCAGAGGAGCUUGACGACUUGAACAGAGAGGGGGAAAUGAGCAUUGAGGAGCUACUUGAGAAGUAUAAAGGAGCUUAUGUGUCCGAUUUUGAAGAACCAUCUGGUUCUGGCUCUAAAGAAAGCUCCAAUUUGGAGGUUUCUGGUGACGAGGAGGUGGAGACUGAAGAAGAUGAGAGUGACGUUGAAAGCAACACAUCUUCCUCAGAUUCACCAGGAGACAGCGCUGAAGAUGAGGAAAGUGAAAAGGAGGAGAUGAGCAAUGAGGAGGCAGAUGAUGAUGAAGGAAUGGAGCUUUUGCUGAAGGAGGGAGACAGCAGUCUAUCUUCUUCCAGCUCUCGACCAAAGAAAGAAAUCAGUCAUAUUGCUGCUACUGCUGAGAGCCUGCAGCCUAAAGGUUACACUCUGGCUACAACAAAGGUCAAGACUCCCAUUCCAUUCCUGCUCCAUGGCACUUUAAGAGAAUACCAGCACAUCGGGCUGGACUGGUUGGUCACCAUGUACGAGAAGAAGCUGAAUGGAAUUCUAGCGGAUGAAAUGGGUCUGGGUAAAACCAUCCAAACCAUUGCUCUGCUGGCUCACCUCGCCUGUGAAAAAGUGAACUGGGGCCCCCAUCUCAUCAUUGUCCCCACCAGUGUGAUGCUAAACUGGGAAAUGGAGUUGAAACGCUGGUGUCCCGGGUUCAAAAUCCUCACUUACUUUGGCAGUCAGAAGGAAAGAAAGCUUAAGAGACAGGGCUGGACAAAGCCGAAUGCUUUCCACGUGUGCAUCACCUCAUAUAAGCUGGUGCUGCAGGAUCACCAGGCCUUCAGGCGGAAGUCUUGGCGUUAUUUAAUCCUCGACGAAGCUCAGAACAUCAAGAACUUCAAGUCCCAGCGUUGGCAGAGUCUGCUGAACUUCAACAGCCACCGGCGACUGCUGCUGACGGGAACGCCUCUCCAGAACAGCCUGAUGGAGCUCUGGUCCCUCAUGCACUUCCUGAUGCCUCACGUCUUCCAGUCCCACCGAGAGUUCAAGGAGUGGUUCUCCAACCCACUGACGGGGAUGAUUGAGGGCAGUCAGGAGUACAACGAGGGUCUGGUGAAGAGACUUCACAAGGUGCUGAGGCCGUUUCUUCUCAGGAGGAUCAAGGCUGACGUCGAGAAGCAGAUGCCCAAAAAAUACGAACAUGUGGUGCGCUGCCGUCUCUCUAAGAGGCAGCGAUUUCUCUACGACGACUUCAUGGCGCAAGCUUCGACCCGUGAAACUUUAGCCAGCGGGCACUUCAUGUCUGUGAUCAACAUUCUCAUGCAGCUCCGCAAAGUGUGCAACCACCCCAACCUGUUUGACCCCCGACCCAUCCAGUCACCCUUCAUCACACAGCCCAUCGUCUUCUACACUGCCUCCAUAGUGCAGGAUGCACUGGACAUUCCACCUCUGAAGCGCUGCGAUCUUUCUAUAUUUAAUUUGAUCGGUUUGGAGGGUCGUGUGACCCGUUACCAAGCAGACAACUUCCUGCCACGACACAAGGUCAGCCGGCAGCUGAUCCAGGAGAUAAUCGAGGCUCCGGCACCAUCACCACGGCCCAAACCAGUCCGAAUAAAAGUCAACAGGAUGUUCCAGCCGCCUCCUAAAGGGGAUAACAGACCGGUUUUGCUCAUGAAUAAACCUGUCUGCUCAGUUCCACCUACAACUCAGACUCCCAAACCUGCCGUUUCUGAUGUCUCCCCAGCUCCUGCACCUGCUCCUGCAGUUCAGCAAGUGGUGUGUUCAGUGGCACCCACUCCUCCGCCUCGUCCUUCUGUGCAUCCUGCUCCUCAAACUGCCGUGAGAUCCACUACUCCCAAGCCAAUGCUGACUAUCCGAGCACCUGCUGCUCCCUGUGCAGCCGGUGUUCCAACCCAUCCGAGUCCAAACCCCAGCAGUGUCCUACCACAAAGGGUUUUACUGAGUCCUGACAUGCAAGCAAGGCUGCCUUCUGGUGAAGUGGUCAGCAUAGCACAGCUGGCUUCCCUGGCAGGCCGACCCGUUUCUUCAUGUCAAGGCAGUAAACCAGUCACCUUCCAGCUUCAGGGCAACAAGCUGACUCUGUCGGGAGCCCAGAUUCAUCAGGUCCCAGUCGCCAGUCCACGCCCAGUUCAAGGUAAUGUAAUGCAUCUGGUUUCAAGUGGGACGCAGCAUCACAUCAUCAGUCAGCCAGCACAGCUGACUGUUCAGACAACAAGCAACACCCAGUCUGCAAGCACACCCUCCACCACCCCGCCACCAAACCGACUGCAGAACGCCGCCUCUCAAGCACCCUCAACAAUGGUGAGCAGCCAGGGAGUUGUGAAGAUCGUUGUUCGUCAACCAGCAGGCAAGGAAGGUGUGCCUGUGCCCACACUGGCAAUGGCCCCUUCUCCCCGUGUUGCUCCCCUGGCACCCUCACACCCGCACCCCCAGAUCACUGCUGCCCCCGCCAGAAACACUGCUCCACUGCAAAUAGCCCCACGCACCCCCGGCCCUGCUACUGCCCACUACACCAUAGCCCCUCCGAGGUACCCUAGCUCAACUCCUAGCCACCCCCAACCCCCCCGCCCCAUCCUUAAAGUAGUCCAACCGCCUUCAGCCAGCGCCGAGCAGCCAGUUUUGGCUCCGCCCACCCCCUCUACCACUGUUCUCAAGUCUUCUACUGAAACAAAGGACAACAGCAAAAUCGGUGAAGCACCAGGUACCACAAAGACCAAGCCUGGUGUUCGACCAAAGGUCAACCCCCCACCUCGGCGGGUUCCCCGCCCCCCUCCCCGCUCUCCUUUCUACGUGUCAUGGCUGGAUAAUACCCUCAAAGACCAGAUCAAAAGCAGACUGGACCUCAUCUCUCGAGUCAACGAUCGUCAUUGCGGAGUAAAGCCGGUGUACGGUGUGGAGGUUCUGGACUUUCUGACGUUUCUACCUGGUCCUCAUCCCUCUCCUGCUGCUUUGGAUUCUGAAGGAGAGUGGAGCCGGUCGGGUCACAGCAGCUGUUUGUUUGCUCAGUGGCAAAACAAGGACAACUUCUGGUUUCAAAGCCUCGCUUUAAAGGAGGCCAUCCACAGCAUUGAGGAACGGUUGGAGCUCCUCAGUCAUAAAAUAGACAGGUUUACAUUUGUGAUUCCUCCCGUCGAGGCUUCUCAGAUCUCCAUGCAUUGCUGUCAUCCUCCUCCAUCUCUGCACCACAAACGGGAAGUCUUUUCAUCCGCGCUUUCAGCUCACGUUGCUCCUCUGACUCGUAGCCUUCAUCGUAUCCAGUGUAACAUGAGGACUCAGUUCCCUGACCUGAGGCUCAUACAGUAUGAUUGCGGUAAGCUUCAGACUCUCCAUGUUCUGCUGCGAAGACUGAAGACGGAAGGGCACAGAGUGUUGAUAUUUACCCAGAUGACACGCAUGUUAGAUGUGCUGGAGCAAUUCUUAAACUACCACGGGCACAUCUACCUGCGCUUGGAUGGCAGCACUCGAGUAGAACAGAGACAGGCCCUUAUGGAGCGCUUUAACGCAGACCGCCGAAUCUUCUGCUUCAUUCUGUCGACGCGCAGUGGGGGCGUGGGGGUUAACCUGACCGGAGCCGACACAGUUGUGUUUUACGACAGCGACUGGAAUCCGACCAUGGACGCUCAGGCACAAGACCGUUGCCAUCGAAUUGGCCAGACCCGGGAUGUCCACAUCUACAGGUUGAUCAGUGAGCGCACAGUGGAGGAAAACAUUCUAAAGAAAGCUAACCAGAAAAGGAUGCUGGGAGAUAUGGCAAUUGAAGGAGGGAACUUCACUACUGCCUUCUUCAAGCAGCAAACCAUCAGGGAGCUGUUUGAUGUCAACGAUGGUGAGAAGAGGGAUGCGGCAGUGGAGCUGUCCGUACCUCAGUCAGAGGAGGAGGAAGGCGUCACCAAACAAAGCACCACCAUUCUGGAGCAGGCGCUGUGUCGUGCUGAGGAUGAGGAGGAUAUAGUGGCUGCUUCUCAGGCCAAAGCGGAGCAGGUGGCAGAGCUGGCAGAGUUUAAUGAGAACAUACCGCUGGAUGAUGGUGGGGAACAGGAGGAGGUGGAGGAGCUUUCCAAAGCUGAACAGGAAAUUGCAGCUCUUGUUGAACAGCUCACUCCCAUUGAGCGGUAUGCCAUGAAUUUCCUGGAGGCUUCAUUAGAAGAUGUUAGCAAAGAGGAGUUAAAGCAGGCGGAGGAACAGGUUGAGGCUGCUAGGAAGGACCUGGACCAGGCAAAAGGGGGAGGUCUCAUGCUUCACCAUUCAUCUGAUGAAGACAAUGACUUCCUGUCAACGCCAGUUUCCGUUGAACCUCCCCAUCCGACUCCUGCUCGCCGUGGACGUAAACCCAAGGACAAGACUCUCACUUCAACACGCACCAGCGGCCGACUUCGUGGAGCGUCACCCGAAAUGGAGCCAGAACCCAAAAAUUCAAGAGAAGUGCCUGAAAAACUCAGAAGAGGACGAGGAUCAUCCAGAGAUGGGGCGCCUGCAGCGCACUCUCAAGCAGACAGUCACAAAUCUUCUUCCUCUACCAGGCAACACGAUUCCUCCAAGUCCUCAAACGCAGCAUCUCCCUCAAGAGAUCAGCACAAAAGCCGAGCUCAGCCAAACCGCUACCAUCCCAGCUCAGUGCCUUCCUCCACUACAAGCCCUCCUUCAGGAGGAAAGCAGAUCACUGCAGAGACUGACAGUAGAAGCUCUAAAGCAGGCAGAGAGGAAGAGAAGGAGAGGAGAAUGUCUGAGUCAUCUCUGGACUCCAGCUAUACUGCAGACCAUCUGACUAAAGACGAUGACGGCAAGGAGCACUGCGCCGUGUCCCCGCCCUACUCCAGGUCCCCUCGUAAGCGUCAGUCAGCUGACGGUGAGGUGCUACAGGGCCUUUUGGAUGAUUCCCCCUCAGCCAAAGUCCUGCGAAAGCUCCCAGGAAGGUUGGUCACAGUGGUGGAGGAGAAAGAACCCCGCAAGAGGAGACGGCGAGGGAGUGACACCGGAGCGGGAUGUUCCUCAGAAGAUGUGGUAGUGGAGGAGCAUGCUGCUGGAUUAUUUGAUGAACCAAACAAAGACGACACGCCUCACAGCCCCGAUGGAAAGCCUAAAGGUGAUGACAAGUCUCCUCAGAGCCAAAGUUCGCUGAUGCACAGGCAGCCUGUCAGAGGUUACCCCCCAUAUUCACCGCCACACCUUUCUCCAGACAUGCCCGUGCUGAGGAACCUCCCUGUGCGAUCCCGCAUGGCAGCUCAGCUGGGGGAGCAGCAGCAUCUGGGCAGAGGAAGAGGUGCAGGCCAAUCCAAGAAAACCGAAAUCUCUCCUGGAAAAGACACAGCUGUAACUUCCACAGAGUCUACUCCAAAUUCUCUGGUCACGCCUUUGAAAAGGAAGAGGGGCCGGCCCCCCAAAACUCCUCAUCCCUUACCCGAGAUGGACAGUGGACGGACUCCACCGCUACAAGCUGCUUCUAUGAACGAGGAAGGGGACCCCCCAGUGUCCCCGAAGCGUAAAAGAGGUCGCCCUCGCAAAGACUCUUCAGCCACAGCAGAAGCUGCAAUAGAACCACAGACCCUCGUUUCUAAAAGUGAUGCUGGAGCAGAGCCCAGAGUCCCAUCAGAGACCCCUCCUGCUGUCAGCACCAGCACCUGCCACACCCCCCAGUCCACCAAAGCUCCUGAAACCAAGACCGAUUCAGACUCGGCUUCAGCCUCUGUCUCGGUUGAAGCAGAAGCUCCACCUGCAUCCCCGGUGUUUUCCACUCCGUCUGUCCCCACACCAGUACCAACAUCCACUCUCAUCUGUAGUUCCACUCCAAGUCUCCAAACAGCAUCAGUUUCAUCUUCUGUUACAUGUUCCACCACCCCCAUCACUACUGCAGCUCCAUCACCAUCCACCAUCAUCUCAGCUCCUACCUCUGUGACAACAACAACUGAGGUUUCCACAGCUGCUGCAGAAUCAGACUCUACCAGCACCAUCACAGAUGCUCCACCUGUGUCCCCUCCCACAGAAAACAGAACACCCCCACAGGUGAACACCACAAUCACAGCACCAGAAACCGAAAGUGUUCCUGUUACAGAGAUCCCCCUCAUGCUCACAGCUACAACCCCUGCUGAUCACGAGUUAAAACAAGACGAUUCAGCAUCUGCUUCACCAGUAACCUCCACCCCAACAACCACCCAAGAGCUUUCAGAGACUUUACCAAACUCACAACAACCCUCAUUCAUAGACAUGAAAACAUCUCAAACUGACUCCACACCUGAACUUUCACAGUCAGAAACAUUAAACUGUUGCCCACCCACACCAGUUGAAGAAUCCAAAGCAGCACCUGUCACAGCAGCUGCACCACCCGAUGAAGAUACAGCUACUAAUGUGACAGCCACUGCAGCUCCAAUCCAAUCAGCUUCACCCACACCAACAGAAGUGACUGCAGAGCCUGAGAAGUCCUUCGCCGCCUCCUUCAGUGGUCCUCUCACAUCAUCUGUCAGUGCUGCGGGUGGUGAGGUCACACCUCCACCUGUCGCUCCAGAGGAAAGCAGAACACCUGUAACUCCUACUUCCUCCCCAACUCCGGAUGCUGAGAUCGCAUCAUCGGCAACAACCUCCACCGAUGUCACACUAACCCCCAUCACUGUUGCAUCUUCUCUAGAAGAGCUCCCCGCUGUAACCUCCACAGCCCCCGUUAGCCCAGUUUCUGCAGUAGCGGUUGAAGCAACCACAGCUGCAAAGAAGAAAGAAGCCCCUCCUUCAUCAAACUCACAAAAUGCUGCUCCCAAUUCUCUACCUGAACCCAAUUCAACAUCCCCAGAAGACUCUAAAGAGGUAACAGCUGAUGCUGAGGCACCAGCCGCUGCUGCCUCUGAAGAUGAAACUGUGAAAGAAGCGUCAGAGCCAACACAGGAGGCAUGUGACCCAGACACAGCCACCGACAAGGAGGUGGACAGCAUGCCCGAAAGCCAAAGGGUUGAGACUUCACCUGAGACCAAACACUCCGAGUCCGAAAAAGACAAAGGAGGGAAAACGGAACAGACCACGACUCAUCAGAAGGAGGAGCCUAAGCAGCAGUCAGUGGAGGAUGGAAACCAUCAGAAAGAUCUCAACCAGAAAAGGUCACUCAGUCGGCAGAGCAGUCAGGAGUCUGCUUGUUCCUCCUCCCCGUCAUCCGGGUGUUCAACAUCCACCCUUACUCGUCACGCCCACCACAAAAGGACUUACGAAAACCGACAUCCUGCCAAGAAGAGGCGGAUAGACGUCACGACAGAGGGAGAAGCGGGGGACAAAAAAGAGGAGAAGAAUGAGGAAGGAAGUGAGAAGGAAGCUCCCUCCACCUCCCCUCCAAGGAGGCCGUCCAGGUCUUCCUCUUCCUCCUCAGACUCUGACAGCAGUGAGAGCAGGAAGCGGUUGACACGUUCAGCCAAGCUCAGGCUCCAAGAUGAGGAGAAGGAAAAAAGCCAAAAGAGUAGCAAGACUGUGAAACCUGCCCAGAACCCGGACAGAACCACUAACACGUCUACAGGAGGGGAGUCGGGCAGCGACUCUUCGUCUGUCAGAAUUACAAGGAAGUCUGCAGCGUCUCAGCCGGUGCAGGAGAGCAAGGCUCAGACCAAUCUGAAACCCUUGCUGCCUCCUGAGCCGGAGGUUCUGGGAAAAAGAUGUUCAGCUCUAAAUGCUGCAGCCAAACUUCUGGCCAUGAAAGGCAGAGUGGACACUCCAGGCCACACUACGCGCAAAGACCCAGGAGCCAAGGCUGCCGCCACUUCCACCCCCGCUUUAUCAGAAAAGAAACCUGUCCCGGCCUCUUCUCCGAGUAACUCCGUUAGUCAUAACAAAAGCGCUGGCAGCAAACCUUCAACACCCAAUCAGACGAGCCACCCUCCAUCCCGCUCCACCAGACGGUGUCCUGGAGAUCUGGUUCCACCUCUAGAAAUGGAGUACAAAAGACCCAAAACGGAGGAGAAAGAUGGCGUCGGGAAGAAGGCUUCCAGAGGAAAGGAAGGGGAGGGAGAAAGGCCGUCCUCGUCGCGAGGGAACAGCGCCUGCAGCAGCAUGAGCAGCGACGGUGAGGGCUGCGGCCGCAGCAGCAGAAGCCGGAGCAGCAGCAACAGCAGCCAGCGCACCCGCAGCGUCAGCUCCCAGAACACAGAGCGCAGGUCCUCGCGCUCCCGCGCCGCCUCCUCCGGGAGCGACAGGGACCGCAGCUCUGAGCGAGCCAAGAGCAGGGACAGAAAGGAGAGACACGGUCAAAAAAGGGAGAGCAGGUCUCAGAAACUCCCUCAGGAGCUCACAAGCAGCUCGGGAACCGAGGGGACUCCGGACAGGGUGCUGCGGAGCGUCGCCGCCCUGGCAGCGGUGCAGGCGCGCUCACCAGCUGCAAGCACUCGCUCCUCCUCUGGUCAACAACGCAGCAACAAGACGUGAAGAGAGCAAAGAAAAACAAAAAAAAAAGAAGAGCACACGCUAGAGUGUCGCAAAGGACGAUAGGUUAACUGGUUGCUGCUUUGCCUCCACUCUGAGGAAACGACGGGAAAGAAGUGCUGCACGAGCCAGGACCUCCCUACCUCUUGGGCCCUCAUCAGCUUUGAAUGUUUGGGGGGGUGGAGGCUCAGGGAUGCUGGACUGAAGGUUAACAAGCAUCGUAGUGCAUCCAUGAACAGUCAUAGGUGGUGCAGUGGAAUUCACCACCAGGUGCAAGAGGUAACACAAGCGGGUUAAUACAUGUACUGUAAUCAUUAGACUGGAACUCUGUGUUCUCAGACAGAUUUAUUCAAUUUCCUGUAUUGGAGUUUGAGCGACCAGCUUGUAUUGUGAGUCUGGAGGAUUCAGGACAUUUGAUUUUGAGGGAUGAAAGGUUUGGUCAGCUGUUUCUUUGUAGUCAGUUGAUAAGUUAUGCAUAUUUUAAUGUUUCUUCCCUGGUAUUAGGAAGAGAAAAAAACAGGCCUGUCAGUGUGGCUGUACUAUGCUGGAGCUCGUCUUUGCUUGGGCCCCUUCAUCAAGUCAUUUGUGUUCUUCGAAAAUCCAGCCUUGCAUUUUUCAUUUGCACACUCAAAGAAAAAAAACAAAAAAGAAUAAAAAUAGUAAAAAUAAAGAAAAGGCCCUCAGCUUUUGAACACAUUGUGGUGUAGUGACACGUUUGUACAUCAACUAAAGUCAGUUAAUUGGUAACUCGCAGUGUAUCUCAACCGUAUGGGAAAAUGUAUUUAAUGAGCUUUCAGACUGUUGCUCUUGGGUCAUGUAAAAAAAAAAAUCACAUUACCUGAACAAAAUGUGUGAAUAAAAUAACUGGUACAGUUCCAGAUGACUGUAAUUGUCGAUUUAAUUUUGAGCAAAGGUGAUUAUUACCUGGGGGUGGGCGGGGUUAUGGGUAGUUCUGGUGAUGGUCUUACUUCUGAUUUCUUCUUUUGUUGCAUUCCUUUGAUCCCUUGUAAUUCCACAUUGUUUUACUUGAAAACUAAGACAAUUACAGUUGAAUAAAAAGACCAAAAAUAUUUA